AUGGAUACGGACAAGUCGACUGCCAACGCAACCGGAUUGACGGGCUUCCCCGCAGAGGCCCCAGCACCGCCUCUGCCGCCGGUCAUCGCAGUGCUUGAAGCGCGUCAAGUUGUCGUCGCCGGGAUUAAGUCUAAGACCGGCGAGGAGCAUCCUUCAAAACGCGAGUUCAGCAAUGCCGAAUGUCCGGUGGUCUGGGGGCGGAUUCUAAGAGACGAGGCCCACCUUGACAAGGGGAAGUCGACAAAGCUGGUGCAAAGCCUGAGCAAUUUGUGGGGCGCCUACCGCGGGGUCUCGGUGAACCCAGAGGGUGUGCGUGAGCCUCCUCCGGUCUGGCACGUUACCGGAACGCCGUUCCCGAAAUCACCAGCAGACAUCGUCGGGGCCAUACGAAUCAUCGAGCGUCCUGAGUGGAAGGAUGACCCUGUGCUAUGCAAGGCCGGGGCGGGGCGAAUCGAGAAGCUGGGUCGCGAGUUCGAUCGCGCGGUUCGGAAUGGCGACGAAGACGUCAGCCUGAUCUUGAGCAAUGUCGGCAAGUUCCUCCGGCGGAUCAGCUACAUAUCCAGGGAGGAGGAUGUGGUUGGAGUAUCCAGGAUCUGA